GCUUUCGCAGUCCCAGAAAAUCUACCCCGGCUUGAAUUGAGAGAUCGUGGACGCGACGCCGGUCCAGCACCCAGUUAAGCAACUGUCUGAUCCAAACCUGGAGCCGUUCACAGGCUGCUCCAAUACACAGAGCGGCCAUUAGAGCAGCCAUGGCGACGUCGGCAGCGGCGGCAGUGGAGGCUACAGCCCAACAACUGCCGCGCAGAUUCGGCAAGAAGCAGAUCUUCCUGUACGAGCGCCACGCCUGUCGCCGUCUGUUCAGUGAUGGAUGCUAACCUCAGCUCCCUCGGAUGCACGGGUGCAGACCAAACCAUGUCAUCGCCUUCAUCCGGCCCAAGCCGAGGCAGCCGCCAAACCUGGCGACGUUCGUCGUGCCGCUCACCUUCAACAAGCUCGACCUGCGCGACUACCUCUAUCACGUCUACAACGUCGAGGUGACGGCGGUGCGAUCCUUCAUCAACCAGCCGCAGCCGAGGCAGAAGGACGGCCAAAGGGGCAAGUGGUACCGGCCGCGCUCGCAGAAGAUGAUGAUCGCCGAGCUCGUGAAGCCGUUCGUGUGGCCAGACCCGCCCGCGGAGGACGCCCGGGAGGCGUUCGACCACGCCAUGUUCAAGAGGCUGCAGAAGGAGAGGGACGACCAGAUAUCUCGGUCGAUGAAUCCUUCGAAUAUUCCGCUGCGCACGCGCGGUCCCGAGACUCAGGAGCGGCAGACGCUCAGGGAGCAGGCGAAGGAGUUCUUGGAUCGCGGGGAGUGGACAAACGGGCGAACAGGGGACGACACAUGGACCGAAGUGGAGAAGGACAUCAAGGUGUAGUUCUGCGUAUGAUGUGGAAAACUGGCGGACAGAAAAGGGCUGGACGCGAGGAGGGUUUGCAGCUUGACGGUUGCUUGUAACUAGACAGCCUGCCGUUGGGAAAGAAACCAGCAGGUGUGAUGUACU